GGAGGAGGAGGAACUGGACGGAGAAGAAGAAGACGAAGGAAAAGAAGGAGGAGGAGGAGGAGGAGGUGGAGGAGGACGGAGGACUCGCUAACGACGGCGAACGUCCUCGAGGGUGCGAGAUACCAGCACCAGCAACACCACCGACGACGAUGAUCGUGACAGGCGGCGAACGACGUACGUGUUGGAGGAGGAGGCGCCGAUUGGUGGUUGGGAUAAUGGUGUCGGCCCUACUGGCCCUAGUCAUCGGUCCUUCGCCCAUUCACGGACACAGGCCAGCACCCAACAAUCCCAUCAUUCUUCAGACUAGCAGCAGUACGACAACAACGCCCUUGUACGUGCACCUGAAUAGUACCGUCCUAAUCAAUGGCAACAACAACAACAACUACUACAACAACAACAUCAAUAAUGAGGGUGUGGACGACGGUUACAAUAGCACCCUUCAUCAUCACCAUCAUCAGAUGGUCGGUGGUAACAUGACGGAGGAAAAGGCGCCACUCUUCCCCGAAGAUCUGUUUACCAUCCGUCAGAGACGCGACGGUGCCGUGAUACUUCACGUAAUCGGUGUUGUGUACAUGUUCGUCGCUUUGGCGAUCGUAUGCGACGAGUUUUUCGUGCCAUCGUUGGACGUGAUCAUCGAGAAACUAGAAAUCGCGGACGACGUGGCGGGUGCUACCUUUAUGGCGGCUGGCGGUUCCGCGCCAGAAUUGUUCACAUCGAUAAUCGGCGUGUUUGUGUCGUUCGACGACGUCGGUAUCGGCACCAUUGUCGGCUCGGCCGUAUUCAAUAUUCUCUUCGUGAUCGGCAUGUGUGCAAUAUUCUCUCGUACCGUGCUAUCCCUCACAUGGUGGCCCCUCUUUCGCGACUGCACCUUUUACAGCGCCAGCCUGCUUACACUCAUCUUUUUCUUCCGUGACAAUUAUAUAUACUGGUACGAAGCGUUGGUGCUCUUCGGAUUCUACCUGGCAUACGUCAGCUUUAUGAAAUGGAACCAACCGAUGGAGAAGCUGGUCAAAAGAAUAUUCUACAGGAAUAAGGUGACCCGAGUUAGGUCCACCGAUCAGCUGAUGCCCUCGCACCAGAGCGCCGCCCAGGCAUUGCAUCCGAACGCGACGAACAGUAGCGAGACGAGCGUGGGUGGCGUGUCGGGUGCAUGCGGAAACAGCGGCAUACCGGUGAGCGGAGAAGCCGGGUGCAGCAGCAGGGGUGGCAGCAGCAGUGGUGCUGCCGGUGGCACGGCCGGACAGGGCUGCGACCAGGGAGGCCACGGUGGUGGUCCCUCGUCUCAUUCCAGGGAGAGCCACGCCAAGUUCAGGCACGGCCUGUUACAGCUUAUGAUCCACACAAUCGAUCCGCUCCACGACGGUCAGUCCCGCGCCGGCAAAGUGGACGAGAAAGCGACGCAACUGCACGCGAUAGCGUCGCUGAAGGUGCUAUUGGAUGCGACCAGGCCGCACAAUGGCGCCGCGACGUCGACCGCCGCUCAUUAUUCCGGGACUUGUUCGAAAGAGACGACGCUGCAGCUGCAGCAAGGUUCCCAGGGCACCACCACCACCACCACAACGACCACCACCACUGCCGGCACCACCGUUGGCAUCCAGGAACUUCCGAACGGUGGUAUAGCCGCUGGCCUCGACGCGGGCCUCGAAUCGGGAGAGGAAGAUGAUGCUCCAGAAGCGUUGGACAUGGGCUGGCCCAGCAGUCCCAGAAAGAGAUUAUCGUACAUUGUAUUAGCGCCAAUUUUGUUCCCUUUGUGGCUCACGUUGCCGGACACGAGGACACCCAGAGGGAAGAAGUUGUUCGCGGUGACGUUCCUCGGGUCGAUCCUCUGGAUCGCGGCAUACUCGUACCUGAUGGUCUGGUGGGCGAACGUGGCCGGCGACACUAUUCGCAUACCACCGGAAGUGAUGGGGCUGACACUGCUUGCCGCCGGCACCAGUAUUCCAGACCUGAUCAGCAGCGUGAUCGUCGCGCGAAAAGGAUUCGGCGACAUGGCCGUGUCGAGCUCCGUCGGUAGUAAUAUUUUUGACGUGACCGUUGGGCUUCCGGUACCAUGGCUAUUGUACGGCCUGAUCUACGGAAGACCCGUCGAGGUGAACUCGGUGGGUAUGGUGUGCAGCAUAGCGAUCCUCUUUUGUAUGCUGCUAUUCGUGAUCCUGAGCAUAGCCUGUUUCAAAUGGCGGAUGAACAAGGGCCUCGGUUUCACGAUGUUCCUUCUCUACUUUGUCUUUGUCGCCGUCUCGUUGAUGUUCGAGUACGAGAUCCUCGUCUGUCCGGUCUAGGAACCACCGCCAGCAACAGCAACAACAACAACAACAACGACGAGAUGUCGAAUGAACAAGAAGAGGUCCAAAGAAGAAAGGGUAUAUACGCGCAUUUUACGGGUCUCGUCAUCGUGUCAUUAUCAUCGUCGUCGGCAAAGUUUAUUUCAGCCGACGCGACGAAGAGAAAGAAAUGAAAUAAUCUUCCUCGAGCGCCGCAUAUCGAAGAGGAAGAAACGACAACAACAGCCUUCCCGAGAUUAACUAUCGAAAACUGUUGAUGCACCCAUCCCCCUACCUCGUCGUCCCCUAUAAGAAACCCUCGUUAACCCUUUUAUCCGUCGCCGAUUCUAUAUUUCAUGGUUAUACAAGAAAAGAAAAAGAAAAAGAAAAAGAAAAAGAAAACUGAUGCAUAGCUGACAAUGAGGUCAGCGUUUACCACGGCGUUUUUUCGUUCUAGAUACGUAUGUAAAUACAAUAUAUUAUAGAAAACCUUGAAAUACCUGAAACAAAAUACUCAUCUCGUUUAAGAAUUAACAGAAUGAAGAAAACGGGUGUCGGUGAAAAUAUUUAGACGCAGCGAGUGUGUCGGCCAAUCGUGCCAACGAUCGGAAUUACAUCCACUUUAUAUAACGUAAAAUCUUUCUUGCUGCUACCAAUUCGACUUUCUUCUCCCUUUUACCUCUUCUUCUUCUUCUUCUUCUUCUUCUUCUUCUUCUUCUUCUUCUACGAUAUUUAUCUUAAGAGAUUGGUAGACAAAUAGUAGACGCCGAUGAUACUAUUUCCGGUCUUUACGAUCUUCGUCAGAAUCGAUAUGCGAUCGAAAAAAAUAUGUACAAGGGCAACGAAUUCGUCGUCGAAUAUUUUUUUCCCCGUUUUUUUCUUCGCGGCAUCGCGCUCGAACUGCCAACAGAUACUUUUUACUACUUGCUACGUGAAAUGUAAGGAAAAUGGUCUUGUUCUUCUUCAUGGCAAUCAUGAUCGACGAUACCUUGGCACGAUUCCAUCGAAACCGACCGACAGACGAUUAUUCUCGUUUACGACGAUGGACGCCGGCCUGACCGCUCGCUGAUUUCUCUCUCUCGAAUCUUAGCCACUUUACUCUAUCGUGAUCGCGAAAUUAUCCUCUGGACAAGCUCUGUUAUUCGACUAUUCGUUUCUCGGGCUAUCCCGAAAAGGGCUAUUCCUUUCGAAAGGUUUCGGACACUUUGAACGAUGUCUCUUUAACACUUUGAGUAGUAAAUCUCAUUUUUUGAUAGAUCUGAAAUAACAAAUCUAUUAGGUUUCAAUGAACCACGUUCAGAAGGGUGGCUAACGUUAAUGGCGAAUAUAUUUUUGUUGGAAAAUAAAGGUCGCGGCUUGCCUCGCCUCGCCUCGCCUCGCCUCGCAUCGCAUCGAUCGUCAAGAGGUCGUGUUUUCCUGCGCGAAAACGAGUUUCACGAUUACCAGAGCUGCUCCGUGGCUUGUGCUUGGAAACGGAAGCGACGAUUCGAAUCCCUUCCUAUUAAAACGUUAUCGGUGAAUUAAUAUUUUCUACUAUCUUCUUAUCUUUCGACCGAUCCUAAUUUCACCCAGUUUGUUAACCUAAACCAUCCUCGUUUCCACUUGUUUUUAACUGACGAUUCUUACGAGUUUUCACCUAUAAACACGCUAUGGUGAUUACUUUUAGACGACGUUGAACAUAAUUAUUAUCGUAAGAAGAAAUAGAGAGUAUGGGGGGAUAGAGAUAGAGAGAGAGAGAGAGAGAGAGAGCAAAGAGAGAUAUAUGGAGGCAAAAAGUGUGUUAAAGAGGGAAAAUUUUUAAUUCACGUUGAUCAAUUCUUUGUUGUAUAGAAUGUUUCAAGUUCAAAGCGCGUAGAUAUAACGAUAGCUGUUACGUGAUAUCGACUAAAUUUAAGAACACGAGGAUGAGAAGAAAACGUUGUAGAGUUGUAAGUGUUGUUCGACAAGAGGCUGGUACCGCCUGAACGCCUAACAGCGGCCUAGCUUUUUAUUAAAGAAGAAAAACAGUUAAAAAAAAAAGAUAAAUAAAUAAGAAAGAGUAUAUAAAAGGUUAAAAUAGUUACAU